GCCACCUCCUUAGAUUCGGAGCCACCCGCUGGUGGCCUUGUUGCUUCGGUCUGUGAUUCCGCUUGCACUUUUGCACUGCUCGGGCCUCCCCUGCCUCCCAUCUCUGUUUGAAAUGCACCAGAGCAGCUGCUGAGUUAGGCCGGCCCACGCACGCGCUGGCAGAAGAGACUGGUGCCCGGUUCCCACUGGACUCGACCAGAGGCUGGGAGCUUAGCCUGCCUGGCGGAGAUGGGGUCGACUGGGCGCGUUCUCCUCCGGGCCGUGAUCAUGGGGCCCCCAGGCUCUGGCAAGGGAACCGUGUCCUCUCGCAUCAUCAAACACUUCGCUUUGAAGCAUCUCUCCAGCGGGGACCUGCUCCGGGACAACAUGAAUAAGGGAACAGAAAUUGGUGUGCUUGCCAAGACCUUCAUUGAUCAGGGGAAACUCAUACCAGAUGAUGUCAUGACCCGGCUAGCCCUGCAUGAACUGAAAAAUCUAGCUCAGUAUAGCUGGUUAUUGGACGGUUUUCCCAGGACUGUCCCACAAGCUGAAGCCCUGGACAAAGUCUACCGGAUAGAUACAGUGAUUGAUCUGAAUGUACCCUUUGAGACUAUUAAGCAACGUCUCACCUCUCGCUGGAUUCACCCAAGUUCUGGCCGAGUUUACAACACUGAAUUCAACCCUCCUCGAAAAAUUGGCAUUGAUGAUAUUACCGGAGAGCCUCUUAUACAAAGGGAGGAUGAUAAACCAGAAACUGUUACCAAGAGACUAAAGGCUUAUGAGGCUGAAACAAAACCUGUUCUGGAGUAUUACCGGAACAAGGGCGUGUUGGAAACUUUCUCUGGAACAGAAACCAACAUCAUCUGGCCCCAAGUACAUGCCUUCCUCCAAACAAAACUGCCAGAUGUAACUCAGAAGGAAGCAGUGACUCCCUGAAGAGGAACAAAUCACUAUAAGAAAAGUAGAAAACUAGUUCUCUUUGUCAAGGAGCUUCUGAAUAAUGGGGUUCAGUUAUAUAGGAAUUCUUCUAAGAUCAUGAUCUACUUUCAUUUUUGCUAAUUUUUCUGGAAACGAAGUGAUGAGUCAAUCAUGAAGACUUUAGUUUCUUAAAUCUUUAUUGCAGCGAUCUGGUUCUCAUCUCCUAGUGGUUUGUGUAGUUUUUUUUUAUCCUAUUUAUGUAUCUAAUCACACUUCAUUUUGUAAAAUGGCAAAGCCAAAAGGAUGACUGGUCAUUUUAAAACAGUACGAUGUCCUUUUCAGUAAGUGAGCAGCUUCUACCACUUCCCUCUUCUUCAGGAAAAGAAUCAAUGUUUACAUAGCACUGAGGUCAAAUACAUUAUCCAGAGACUUUCUCUUACCCCUUACCUUUUUAGAUUAAAGCCAUGACAAAAAUCCUUCUUCUGACUUUA